CUUCACACGAAUCGUUUUGAGGUAUAUGACUGCCUUUACGAAAAUUCGAAUAGAGACUACUAGGAAUCACUAAAUUGAAGAUCGUGGUACAUUGAAAGAUGGAAGAAAAUGAUUCGACAAAAGCAUACACUCAAGCCCUCGAACGCGCCAUAUUAGACCUCGAAAAUGAUUUCGUCUCCGGUGCCCGUCAAUUAGCAAACAGAAGUCUUCAACAACUUCACGAUAUCUUCUCGCUUGCUGGACAAGCGGCACGAAGUAAAGAUGAGUUAUGGUCGAUGCUAGUAUCUCUUGCGAGGGGAUUAAUCGGUGCUAGACCUAGUAUGAAUGCGGCAAUCAAGUCUACGGUGCUGCGAACUCUAGAUAAGAUUCGUCCGGAAUGGGAUAAAGAGGAGAACGACUCGAUAUCUAAGGUAUGCGAAAGAGCGAAGUCUGGGAUCCAACGACAUAUCGAGGGCAGAAUAGGAGCUUCUGACAGAUUGGAACGAAAUUUUGUGGAGUGGUUCGUGGAGAGCGGGCAGGUGAACGAGGAUGGGAUACGGAUUAUCCGGAUAUUGACGUUGUCGAAUUCGUCGACGAUUCGGGCAGCUUUGCUCAGCCUACUGAAGUCAACGACGUCACUUACGAUGCAUUUGACAGUAUUGGAGUCUCGGCCGCGGUUUGAGGGGGCGGACUUGGCUGCUUCACUGCUUGAAGCGUUUGUUAAGGGUUCAUCAAAUGCUGGCAACGACGGUAAUGAGACCAAACUGAAGGUCACGAUGGCGCCCGAUUGUGCGGUGGGGGUCCUUGUUUCGAACAUCGAUGUUGUUCUAUUGGGUGCGGACCGCAUUACGGCGAAGGGGCAUGUUUUGAACAAGAUUGGGUCACUGGCAGCAGCCGUUUGCGCUCGACAGCUCAACACAAACGCGAAAGUGGUAGUUGUGAGUGAGGUGGACAAGAUUGUUGCGGACGAAAGCGAGCAACCAGCACGAGAAGAGGAGAACCACCCUGCCGGGGAACUGACCGAGUCUUACAGUACGCAUGCAAAGCGUGAAUUGGAGGCCGAAAGAGUGGACGUGUUUGGAGAGUGGUUUGAAUGGGUUCCGAAGCAGUUUGUGAAUUGCUACAUCACGAAUGAGGGCGUACUCGGACAUGAUCAAAUAUCGAGAAUAGGAAAGCAAAUUGGCACUCUCGAGGCGCAAGUAUUUGCUUCAAGCUAGUGUGACAAUGGAGAUCGUUUCCUC